AUGGCUCCGGCACCAUCCGCUCUUGUUUUCGGUUCCCAGACUACUUUGCCGUCUGUCGAAGCGGCCUCAAGACUGCGUGCGGCGUUGCUCCUCGACCCUCGUCUAUAUCGGAUGCGUACCUCGAUCGAGUCGCUGCCCGAGAUAUGGCCCGCAUUAGCCAUCUCCGACCCUGCACUAGAACGUGUUGCUGGCCCUGCCGAGAAGUCUUUACGGCAGCUAUGUCGUUGGCUAUCCCACUCAGAGUUUCCUGACGCCACAGAGAUCUCGGAACUUCCAGCGACAUUCGUCACGCCGUUUACGGUCAUCCUCCAUACCGUCCUGUAUAUGCACUAUACAGAUGAAAACGGUAGUCGGGGACAUGCGGAUGUUCUCAGAGCCGUUCGGAACAAUGGGGGCGUGCAGGGCUUCUGCACGGGCUUCCUCACAGCAGUGUCGGUUGCCACGAGCCCUGACCUUGAGGCGUUGAGUCGUCAAGCAAGCGUCGCGUUGAGGCUGGCUGUUGCGAUUGGUGCAUAUAUAGACCUGGAUCUUCUAGACUCAGAUGUCAGCUCAGUUGCUGUCAGGUCUCGCGCUGGCAAGAAAGGCCUGGAAGAGACUCUCGCGCAAUUCCCUGGUGCAUAUAUCUCAGUAAUUACGGAUGAAUUAAAUGCUACGGUCACUGCACCCAGGGCCUCGCUUGACGCUCUCUCUCAGUCGCUCGCGUCAAACGGACUUUCCGCCAAACGAUUUGAUUUGCGAGGUCGAUUCCACCAUCCCGCACAUCAGAAAGCUCUUGAGGGUCUGUACAAUCUGGUAGCGUCGAACCCGGUCUUUCAGUUUUCCCACUCAGAGUUGCUCGCUCCCGUAUACUCUAAUAUCGACGGGCAGCUUCUCUCUUCGGAUUCUAUCAUCGAUACGCUGCUUCAGUCCAUACUAGUUCAGCGUUGCGAUUGGUAUGCGUCUAUCUCAACGGCUCUGCAUAAGCGCAGCAACGGAGAGAAGACAAGCGUCGUUCAAUUCAGUCUAGUUGAGUGCAUUCCCCCUUCCGUCCUGCGCCAGGCUCGUCUUUCUGUGCAGCGGAUAACGGACGUGCCCGUGCAAAACUCACCUGCAACUGUGCCUGCUCCAUUGAACGCUGUGAGAGCAAGAAUACAGACUUCAGAGCCCAUCGCAAUCAUCGGCAUGGGCUGCAAGUUUCCGGGGGCGGAUACCCUGGACGAGUACUGGCAGCUGCUAGCUCAAGGGACAUCCAUGUGCCGUACCAUGCCCGAGGAACGAUUCAAGACAUCUAGUUUACGAAGAUCGCCGGGCGAGAAACUCAAGUUCUGGGGUAACUUUGUCAAUGACGUGGAUGCCUUUGACCAUCGGUUCUUCAAGAAGUCGUCUCGUGAGGCGGCGAGCAUGGAUCCUCAACAGCGGCUUGUGCUGCAGGUUGCUUAUCAGACAUUAGAGUCGGCGGAGUAUUCUGGUCUCUCUGGGAUCAAGGCCAGCAGAGAUGUCGGGUGUUAUCUGGGGUUAUGUGCCUCAGACUACACCGAUAACGUGGCCUCACACCCACCCAAUGCAUUUUCCAGCCUUGGAACACUGAGGGCAUUUCUAUCCGGAAAAAUCAGCCAUUUCUUCGGCUGGACAGGACCGUCAAUUACAUAUGACACUGCAUGCUCUUCCUCAGCUGUAGCAAUUCAAGCUGCCUGCCGGGCUUUGCAGACGGGCGAAUGCUCGAUGGCGCUAGCGGGGGGAGUCAGUCUGUACACGAGCCCUAACUUCUACCAGAACCUCUCAGCCGCUUCUUUCCUGAGUCCUACUGGCCCAACGAAGCCAUUUGAUGCAAAGGGAGAUGGUUACUGUCGUGGAGAAGGGGUGGGGUUGGUCUUUUUGAAACCCCUAUCUUCAGCCCUGGCCGAUCACGAUAACAUCAUGGGGGUGAUUGCUGCGGCCGCAGUCAACCAGAAUCAAAAUUCGACCGCCAUCACGGUGCCGCAUUCUGAGUCACAGAUCGAACUUUACAGAAAGGUUGUCUCUGAGGCUGGCUUGCAUCCACAUGACGUCUCGUUUGUCGAGGCCCAUGGGACCGGCACGCCUGUGGGUGAUCCUAUCGAAUUCACCAGUAUUCGAACCGUAUUCGGCGGUAGCAAUCGAGCCAACCCUCUCGCCAUUGCAUCGGUCAAGGGAAACAUUGGGCACACAGAAGGCGCCGCAGCUUGCAUCAAUAACUAUGGUGCAGCUGGGAGCAAUGCUGCCAUGAUCGUGACUGAGGCCCCAACCGGUGCAAGAUCAGAGAAGCAGGGGACCCUACCAAAGUGUCCCAUUUACGUUUCUGCCAAUACUGUUUCAAGUCUGAAGGAGUACUGCAAAGAGCUGCUCCGAUCUUUGCGUGGCCGUUCUCCAGACUGCCUUGCUAGUCUCGCUUUCCAGCUUGCCAACUCCCAGAACCGCGGCUUUCCACAUGCACUGAUUACUUCGGUCACUUCGAAAGCUGAACUGGAGGACCAGCUGUCAGCAGUUGUUGAGAACAGGAAUAAUUCAUUGCAUACGGUUGCUCCAACAGAACGUCCGGUUGUUCUCGCAUUUGGUGGUCAAGUGGCCAGGUCAGUCGGCCUCAGUCGCCAGGUUUAUGACUCUUCUGCGGUCCUCCGAACACAUCUGAGUAAUUGCGAUGAUAUCCUCACCUCAGCCGGUUUAAAUAGUAUUUUUCCUGCUAUAUUUCGGAAGGAGCCAAUCGCUGAUGUUGUUCUGCUACACUCUGCGUUGUUUUCGGCCCAGUACGCCUGCGCUAUGACCUGGAUAGAGGCCGGGGUUAUCCCAGCUGCCCUAAUCGGCCACAGUUUUGGCCAGUUGACUGCUCUAUCAGUCGGCAGGGUCCUUUCUCUAAAGGACGGACUCGGUUUGAUCACAGAACGCGCAAAGCUUAUGCGGGACGCCUGGGGCCCAGAGCAUGGCUCGAUGGUUUCGGUUCAGGCAGAUGUCCAGACCGUCGCUCGCCUGAUGAAAGCAGCUGAGACCAAGGAUCCAAAAGAUGCGCUCGAAAUUGCCUGUUUUAAUGGGCCGACCAGCCACGUUGUUGUCGGCAGUGCAGAUGCCGCUGAUCGCCUGGAGGCCGCUCUUACUCAGGAGUCUAUCAGGUAUAAACGGCUCGCCGUCUCGCAUGGCUUCCAUUCCAAAUUCACUGAGCCGCUACUGCUUGGGCUGGAACAGUGCGCUGAGAGACUAACCUUCCGCACGCCAAAAUACGCCAUCGAGACGUGCUCGAGUGGCUCAUCUUGGUCGGAGUUCAACGCAUCCAUGAUCGUGCAACACACGCGGACCCCUGUCUACUACACAGAAGCCCUCGCUCGAAUUGAGGCCAAGCUGGGCGCAUGCACAUGGCUCGAGGUGGGUACCGGAGGUUCCGUGGCUGGAAUGAUUCGUGGUGCACUCAAUGUCCCCUCAGACCAUCUGAUCCAAGCUGUUAAUCUCGCAGGCGAGACUGGUACCGCAGCCCUGGCGGAUGCGACGGUCAAUCUCUGGAAGUCCAGUCAUAAAUUGCAGUUCUGGGCUUUCCACCGGAGCGAGAGAGAGUGCUACCAACCGCUUGAGCUUCCCCCCUACCAAUUCGAGAAGACGAGACACUGGCUUGACUGGAAAGACACAAUGACCGAGCAAGCUACAGUCACCCAAUCAACGAGGGAGGAGACCUCUGUUGAGGAGUUCUUGACGUUCGUCAAGUACAAAGAUAGUACAAAGCAACAGGCUGAAUUCCGAAUAAGCACGGAGCACGAAAAGUACUCUUUCUUUGUCAAAGGCCACGCUGUGCUCGCAGAGCCCUUGUGCCCUGCACCUUUAUACAUUGAUCUUGCCUGCAAAGCUGGUCAGAUGGUGUAUUCUGACACCAGUGAGACUCUCAUUAUACCCAGUGUCGAGGAUCUAGAGAUCCAGGCUCCGCUGGGUGUAGGCGACCGUGUCAUCAUCCUCCGGCUGCAACAGUCACCCUUCUUAAAGACGGCAUGGACGUUUUGUUUCUGCAGUAGACCUGUCAUGGGCAACUCAGCUGAGGAACAGCUCCAUGCCUCAGGGACAGUCGUCCUACGCGAAAACGACACUAAAACAGCGGCCGAGUUCUCCCGCUUUGGCCGCCUGGUAAGCAGCAAGCGUGUUCAGGAAAUGAAAUCUGACCCAGACUGUCAUAUCCUGCAAGGACCAGUGGUGUACCAGCUCUUCAGCAGAGUCGUCAGCUAUGCAGACUACUACAAGGGCGUGCAGAGCGUGUAUGCUUCUGGAGCAGAAGUGACGGGCAGGAUCAGGCUGCCCCCAACCGUUAAGGAUGCCGACACACGGCGGCCAUUACUCGUCGACAAUUUCAUCCAGACCGCUGGCAUUCAUGUUAACUGCCUAACCGACGUCGGUGCUAAGGAAGUCUACGUCUGCACCAAGGUCGACCGCGUACAGUCUGCGGCGGCCUUUACCGAGGACCUGGCCAACGUCGAUGCCUCUUGGAUUGUGCACUCUUCUUAUCAUCCGACGAGUGAGAAGGAGGUUGUGAAUGAUAUAUUUGUCUUUAAUGCAGCCACAGGAGAACUGGCAAUGUUCAUUCUUGGAGCACACUUUACCAGGGUCCAGAUUUCGUCGCUUGGGAGGGUCCUCUCUCGUGCCAAUACAGCAGAUGCUGCGCCGAUCAAGGUGGCCGUACCGGUCCAGUCACCUGCCCUGAGAGCACAACCAAAGAGGGUCUUGCUGCCACCUCUUACCAAGCGUUCGAUAACAAGACCGACUUUAGAGAUAUCUGAAAAGCUCAAGAAAACACUGAGUCGCGUUGUCGAGGUCCCGGUCGCCGACAUCCACGACGGCGGAAUCCUCGCAGACCUGGGCGUAGACUCCCUGCUAGGAACAGAAGUCUUGACUGAGAUCAACCAGGUAUUCAAUGUCUCUAUCCCUGCUGAUGAAUUUGCGCUCUUGACAGAUGUGGCCUCAAUUUCGAAAUGCUUGGCCUCGUACCUCGGCGUGCAUGACAGUGGCUCUCAGCCUGAGGACCUGGCCGAUGCAGACUCUGUUGAGUCUGAUUCAGACAUGCCAACAGGCGCUGUCACGUCCGGCAUUACCACUCCAGAUGACGCGGUAAGCAGGCUCGCAGAUUUGCUGGCUGAAAAUUUGGAGUACGACGGGACUAUUGAGGCAUCGAACAACCUGGCGGAUCUUGGCCUGGAUUCGAUACUGAGCAUUGAGCUGGCAAACGACAUUAAAAAGAUCUUUAACUGCGACGUCGACAUGUCGCAGCUGAACAUGGAAUCGACCUUUGCAGAUCUAAUUGCCCUUGUACCGGCCCUGAAUAUAGAGCAAAGCCUGUCGUCUGUUCCGGCGUCGCUAACAACGCAGGGCAGUGACUUCGAAAUGGCGCAGCACGCGUUUGAGCAAAUACGAUUCGACUACGAUAUCUAUACUAAGGAGACUGGUUUCUACGACUUUUGGAAGAGGGUCUAUCCUGCCCAAUCCAGGCUCGUGCUUGCCUAUACUGUCGAGGCAUUUGCUCAGCUUGGAUGCGAUCUCGCCCUGAUGCAUCCAGGCGACCGGCUACCCAAGAUCGGGUAUCUUCCCGCUCACGAGAAGCUUGUGCAGCAGUUAUACAACAUCCUGAGAGAUGGGAUGUUAGUUGCGACCAGCGACUCUGGUUUUGUUCGCUCAGACAAGCCUGUCGAUCCCACAUCGUCGACAAGAUUGCUGGAAGAGAUCAAUACGAUAGCACCGCAGCACGCCUCUGAACAUUCGCUACUUCAUAUUACAGGCUCUAAGUUGGCCGAUUGCUUGACUGGGACCGCUGAUCCUCUGAACCUGCUCUUCCGGUCAAAGGCAAACAGGGACUUGCUGGCGGAGGUGUACCUGAAUGGACCUAUGUACGCUGCUAUCUCCCGACUCCUUUGCAGCUUUCUAGGAAACGCCUUCUCAGAUAGACAGUCUUCUGGUACAUUCCAGAUCUUGGAGCUAGGAGGGGGAACGGGAGGCACAACAGGCCAUGUCCUCGACUACCUUGUUCGCUCUGGUAUACCAUUCACUUACACAUUCAGCGACGUGUCUGGUUCCUUCGUUGCGGCCGCUAGAAAAAAGUUCGCUGGCCGGCCCUAUAUGGAGUAUCAGGUCAUCGACAUUGAAAAGGAGCCGGCCGACUCGCUAACCGGAAAAUUCCAUGCAGUCAUAUCAACUAAUUGCAUCCAUGCCACGACUAAUCUCGAGAUCUCAACAGGAAACAUCCACAGAAUGCUCCGCCCGGAUGGAUUUGUGGCACUUGUCGAGUUUACACGCAAUAUGUAUUGGUUUGAUCUCGUCUUUGGACUGCUUGAGGGUUGGUGGUUGUUUGAGGAUGGGCGUCAGCAUGUCAUCGCAUCAGAAUCCUUCUGGAACACAAGCAUGCGCAAGGCUGGGUUCCAGCAUGUUUCGUGGACGGAUGGAGAUAGUUUUGAGGCACGUACAUUGAGGAUCAUCGCCGGUUUCAGAGCGCCGGCCGUCAACGAGAUCUAUACACCAAGACUCGAUAGCAGGGAUACAGAAACGGCGGUUGAGAGUGUGAUGUACAAGCAGGCAGACGGAAUCCCCCUAUUUGCGGACAUAUACUAUCCUCCCUCUGUCUCUAAUGAACCGCGUCCGAUAGCCCUGAUGAUCCACGGAGGCGGCCACAUUAUGCUCUCUCGCAAGGACAUUCGUCCAAAGCAAACGGCGCACCUGCACACGCUAGGCUUCCUCCCGGUCUCUAUCGACUACCGUCUCUGCCCCGAGACUACGUUGACAGAAGGGCCAAUGAGGGAUGUUAGCGACGCCAUGGCCUGGGCGCGGAGUACCCUUUGUUCGUUGCCAUUACUGUGUCCUGGCUUGACCCUUGAUCCCUCGCGCGUUGUCGUUGUCGGCUGGUCGACAGGCGGGCAUCUUGCCAUGACAACAGCAUUCACAUCCAUUGAACGGGGCCUAUCUCCUCCCGACGCAAUUCUGGCUUUUUACUGCCCGACCGACUACGAGGACCGUGUUUGGACGCAGCCAAAUUAUCCAGAGAAUACAGAUGUUGAUGGUCUAUCCCUGAUGAAGUAUAACCUGCUCGAGGGUGUACAGGAUCGUCCGAUAACAGCUUACAACAUCCCCCUUACAUCUAGGUCUAAUUCUAAGGCAGGUGGGACUCCAGCCGGGGGAUGGAUGGCACCGGAUGACCCCCGAUCAAGGAUUGUCCUGCAUAUGAAUUGGAAGGGCCAGUGUCUUCCCGUUUUGUUGCGUGGAUUGCCUCCUAGCAAUUCCCUUUCUCCAGGCGAUGCUGAGAAGUUGAUUUCUCAACCACAACCAGAGAUUGAGGAGAUCCAGCGUGUUAGUCCCUACGCGCAGAUCCGAAGGGGAGUUUAUCGCACCCCAACAUUUGUCAUUCAUGGCACAGAUGAUGAUCUUAUCCCCUAUGAGCAGAGUGUACGGACUGUGCAGGCUUUGAAGGACAUGGGCGUUCGUGCUGAAGUCAGUGUGCCACAGGGAAAGGCGCAUCUGUUUGAUAUGUUCAAAGACGCAGACGGGAGUUCGUGGGAAGUUGUAAAGAGAGGGUACGAUUUUUUGAAGGAGGAGGUGUCUGGGAAGUAA